UGAAAAUGGACCUAAUUUGAGAUACAAUAAUCUUGGUUGAACCAAACUUUAACCAAACACACUAACCCUUUGUUAACAUUUUGUAUGAUCAAUCAUGUGAUUCUCUUUACAAAAUACAAACCCUUGGGAGACAAUACAACGAAAGGUACGCACCAAGUAAUAUUACAGGUCGGAUUGGCAGAGAAUACAAUACAUACAGUUUACCCAGAAACCCCCAAAAAUACUAGGGAAAAUUUUAUACAUACCCAAUUUCAGAGGGCAAGAAAAAGGGAAAAAAAAAAUAUAAAAUUUAAUCUGUCUGUGCGAUUAGAUUUCUGGGUCUUAAUCCAGAUUUUUGAUCCACAAUUGGGGGGAUUUUAAAGCUGGGUUUUGUCUCAAUUUUUCUGGAUUUUAGGAGGUUAAGAAAAUAUAUAAUUGCUAGCCUUGACUGUACAAAUGGUGAGGUCAGAAGAUUGUGAUCAUUUAAUUGAUUUGAAUGCUGAACCUGAAUCAUCAAUCCCAUGUUCCAUUUGUUUUGAUUUAGUUACCUAUGAUGGGGAGAGAUCCAGGGCUAAACUCAAAUGUGGCCAUGAAUUUCAUCUGGAUUGCAUUGGUUCUGCGUUUAAUGUGAAGGGAACAAUGCAAUGCCCAAAUUGUCGGGCAAUUGAGAAAGGUCAAUGGUUAUAUUCCAGCGGUUCUCCUGCAUGUCCAGAGCUAAGCAUGGAUGAUGGGAGUGUUGAUCACUACCCCUUUUAUUUCACUCUUACUGAACUGCCUUAUCGAGUUCACAUUUGCCCAUUUCGUGGUUUCACUCAAGUUCAUCCAUCUUCUCAGUCAAAUCUCGGAGUUAUGAGCACAUUCGCUCCGAUAGUUACCCAUCAGCAUCCUGGUCCCAACAGUCACCCUCAUCCUCACCCUCACCCUCACCCUCACCCUCACGCUCACGGAUGGGUUCAGUUUCAAAAUACGGCAUUUCUACAUCACCAUCAAGCAUCAGGACUCCCCAUGCUCAUUAGCCGCAGUACUGGAAGAUUCGACGCCCCAAGAAGCAUACCCAGACUUAUGCCUUUAGGACAAGUAUAUGAUUUUAACCCCAACUUCCCUCCUUAUGCAGACAGUUCUCCUAGAACAUGGAGCAGAGAUAAUGUUCCUCAUUUUCUAUUGCCAUGACGGGUCAUAUAUUCAAUAAUAUAUAGCAUUCCCGCAUCAAGCUCAACAACUCUCGUGACAGUCUUUGGUGGAUUUUGCUUGCGGUAUAUUGUUGAUAUCACUGUAAAUCUGUAAAAACGAUCGAUUCGGCCCCCAUGAUCUUGUACAUUUUGUUGAAUAUUAUGUUGUCGUUUGCCGAAUGAAAACUGAAUAGCAAGUAAAACCAGAUGGCGCUGCAAAAGGACAAUUUCAUUGUGUAUAGCUGCUGGUGUUGCAUGUACUCUUAACCAUUGAGAACUGCUGCUGGAUUCUGCUAAUGUCUGUAAAAUACUUGUAUUUGGUCUGUUAUAAUGUGCUUUAUGGAAUGCCAAAAAAAAAUAAUAGCUUAUGGCCA